CGUAAACAAACUUAAUUUUAAAAAUGUUUACACUUUGCAAAAAACGAACUAUUUCUCAUAAUUGACCUAAUCUUUCCUUCGCAGAGGUCAAAUUUGACAGCUGAAUGUUUUCUUGCGCGCAGUGUCGAGUUCUGGCCCAUACGUUUUGCCACUUUUCCAGAUAGAAUUAACUCAAUCAAAAGCGUUUUACAUUCACCAUGAUUGAUAUAAAGCAAAAUAUAACGGAUAAAAACUACGAUAAAGUGUUAGAAACACUUAACUUAUUGGAUAUAAGCGAUACUGAUGUAGACACGUUCCGCAGAGAAGUCUCUAUUUUAAUAGAAAGUUUCUACGAUUGCCACGAUUCGGACGACGAAGCCGCGAAUCGCAUUGCCAUCAAGUGCUUAAAUUUGCUGAAGCGAGCCUGUGCCCGGGGAGAAUCGUUUCAGAAUGCCAUCGUUGCUCGUGUAGAAUUCCUGGAACGUGUUCGGGACAUUUUGGAGAACGAGAAAGGCACUAUACCGGAAAACGUUCGUACAAACUGCCUACAGCUGCUGGCCAAUCUCUGUGUACAGAACAUGUGCAACCAGGAACGUAUCAUUACGUUCAUGAAUACGUUUUUGCUCAAAAAUGUUUCCUCCAAUGGAGGGUACUCAAAUGCUUCGGCCAUGAUAUUAUACAACGGGUUCCUUUAUAAGGCUGUGAGCUUAAACUUGGUGGAUAUUUUGAACCGCCUGCUCGAAAACGUUGAAGCCAACCGUUUGGCACAAUCCGACGUGCCGGAAUUCGUUGCCAUAUUCUUGGAGUAUCUUAUUGUCGAAAGCAACGAGAUGGUCCGGGUGUUGGAAAAGAUUGAUGCAAGCAAAAAGUUGCUGCUUUAUCGAUAUCUAAUCGAGUACUUACGACAAGAGGACAGACGAGUUCACCCGAUCCAUCCGGAUGUGUUCAAACAUUUGCUCGCCGAGUUUAAGAAAAAAUCGGAUAUGAUACUCAAAACCGAUAACGUGCAGCUCGAUGCUCAGGACACGGAGGAAGCGUUCACGCUGCUAGUUUUAAUUGCCGAUUCCUCGUGUGUGGAACCGUAUGGAUCGUUUCUGCGUCACGAUGGAGGGUUAUUUUUAAACCUCGGAUGCCUUUUGCGACAAAUGCAGCUACUCAGCAAAUCGGAGAUAAAGAACAUGUUCACGCCGGUGCAGAAAAUAGAAGAAAUUCUGAAAAUUAAGCAAGGAGAGAGUGAAUUGGACAUUGAGACGAAAAUUUCUUACUCCUUAAGGUCUUCGGUUGUAAAAGCAUUAGCGAAUUUGGCGUAUAAAUCAAAGAAAAAUCAAAAGCUUGCCCAUGAAAUGGAAAUUAUAGCAGCGAUUCUGGAGUGCACCAAUCUAGACGCUCGUAAUCCACUGAUUAAGGAAUGGAGCAUUCUGGCCAUCCACAAUCUGUGUGAUGAUAAUGUGGAAAAUCAGCAAUUCAUAGCGGGAUUGAAGAAGCUGGGAGACGCAGAAAACUCGCUAAUCACGGAGUACAAAGCUGGAACGAUUCGGAUCAGCGAUGGAUCACUGUCAAACAGUGGGGAUGCCAAAGGCGGUUCGUCAUAGAGCUAUUUUUGUAUCAUUUAUUUGCUACUCGUCGUUGACUAAGACCGGGGGAACAGUUUGGUAGGAAACUGUUCGUAAAACAGUUGAGCAUUUGGCUUACUGAUAGGCUUUGGUGAUGAUCUGAAAUAGAGAAACAUAUAUCCAUGUACGACACGUACAUACGUUAACCAUUGACCAAUAAAAUCGACGAGCGUUACUAGC